AUGGAUCACUCGAUCUGGAAAUCACGUGCAGUUGUGGCAGACAAAGAUCAAAAAGAACAGGAAGAAGAAGAAGAAGAAGAAGAAGAAGGAGAAGAAGAAGAAGAAGAAGACGAUGACGAAGAAGAAGAAAACGAUGAAGAGGAAAAUGCUGACAAAAAUGAAGAAAAAUCAAAAAAACCAAAAGAAGAAGAAAAAGAAGAUGAAGAAGAAAAAAAGCAUGAGAAGAGUCGAAGCCAAUGUGAAAUAGAUCCAAAUGCGCGAAAAACUUCAACUAAAAUCGAACAUGCCUUCAAUAUUUGCCCACUUCAGACAAAUUUUAAAGACAGAGAGAAAGAGUCGAUUGAUGAUGAGCCUGCGUUUUCCCCAUUUGAAAAAGACAUCAGUGACUCGGAAGCUGGCCCUAAAACACCCGAUAAUAAAAGUGUUAAGCAUCCAGGUUCCAGUUCAGCUGAUAAGCCUCUUCUACCCGAACUCUCUGAUCAGGAGAAAUUGGACUCGUUGACUCUAGAACUGGAAAAAAUAGAGAUCCAGUGGCCCGGAGACCGAAUAGUUCAUUUUAACGAUAAUGACGCUUUGAAGCGAUUUGUGGAGUUCCAAUAUCCGGACUGGAAAAAACCAGGGAAGACAACUUCAGUACCCUGUGUUAGAAUCCCCCGUAUGAUGGUUAGGAAUGAACAGCUGAGCAGAAAACUGCAAAAACAAUAUAGGUCACUGCAGAAAGGGGAGGAAGGAGAGAACAAAAUUUACAGAUUGUUUGUAAACAAUGUUUCUACAGAUGAUUGCGGAAUCAUGGUUUUCCCAAAUAUUGAUGGAAGUCAUAUUUUUGAAAAAGGAGAACCAGGCAGCGUUGAAAUAGACAUGAUAGUGGCACACCCGUUGAAAGGAUUUUUCGUCUUUAAUAUUAAAAACGCUCAAAAAGUUAGCCUUAAAGAUCUCCAAUCGAAUUUGCGAAAGCAUUCUGAUUUUGUCCGGUAUGUAUUGUGCUACAAUGGCCUUUCUAAAGAUUCUUUGGGUCAGGAAACUAAUGUAAAUGUAGUCAAUGAAAUACCAAUUCACUCUGUUAUUUGUCUUGUAUCUGGUUGUAACGCAUCAGCUGGUAAACUUGCAGAUGUCACCAAUUUUUAUAAAUGUCAACAAAAACAGAUGGGUCGGGUGGCCGAUCGAGUGAUUGUAUUUAAAAAAGAAGAGCUCAACAGUUUCGCUUUGCAUUGGAAGCACACAGUUUUCGAUCUUGACACCAUGAUACGAGAAAAAACAGACGACAUUUUCGACACUUUAGUUGCACGGCUUGUGGCCUUGAACUCGAUGGAAGGAAACAGUUCACUUGUCCACCAAAAGUUCUCUUCUAAUGAUAUCCAGUCUAUUCAAGUGAAAAAUUUGGAGCCGUGGCUUAAAAGUCAACAUGAUGGAAUUUUGACUGAAGCAACUUUGAAGGAAGGAGUUUUGACUGCUGCGAGCACUCAAUGGCAACAAGAUCUGAUACGCGCCUCGAAAACAGUAUACAGCAAGUCGAACGUGUCUAAUAGAGAUAAAACUACUGUCAUUCUCUGGACAAAAGAGCAGUUGGAAAUCAUAGGAACAGUCUUCAAACGACUCACAGAUCCUUUCAAUGAACACAACCCUCUACGCAUAGAUGUGCGAGGAGCAAAAGGAUCUGGCAAGACAAUGUUGAUGGUCCACUUAGCACAAUUAGCCAGUUGUAUCUAUCAAAAGCAGCAGAAACAACGUCAAAUAGUCAUUUGUGACGGAUCUGGCAGAGCUAAAGUCCUUUUUUCGAAACUUCCGCAAACAUUGCAGGGACCGGGAUUUGAGUUUUGGAAUACACGGUCUUUCUGUGGGAAAUCUCGAAGUAUAGCGAAAGGAAUAAUUUUCAUCGACGAGGAUCCGCUGUUACACGAACAAGGUGAUGACCUAGUAUCACGUUGCAUUGAAACUGGAGCUCAUCUUUGUAUUUUCUCAUCUAGAGAAGCGCUGUUGUCAGAUAGAUUACAAAACGAAUUCACCACUCUCUUUCUUUCCUGUGCAAUGAGGUCCACAAAACGGCUUCAAAAUUUUUCCGAUCACAUUUAUAGAACCCUGACAUUAAGACAUACAUUCACUGAACUUAACGGGUUGCCAUCUCACAGUCUAGAUGGGACCAACCUACCAGACAUUUGUUUUAUUAAUUAUAUGGAUCAUGCAUCUGGAAAUCAACCGCUUGUGGAUGAAUGUGUUGAUACAAUAAUGAGACAUGCUCUAUCGUCACAUGGCAAGUCAAACAGUGUGGCCAUACUCAGUUUUUUAUCGCCAAAAAUUCAAAACGGAAUCCUCUCAACUUUGAAAACAAAACCAAUUGCUUUGCGUUCAAUUUCUUAUGACUUGAACUCUAAUGACGAAAGCGAACUAAGCUUACCAAUCGUUCAAUUGGAGUCAAUCGAUGCUAUAAAUGGAAGUGAAUUUCAAACUGUUGUUAUUAUGCUCGAGAAAAUGGUUUUAUGUGACGUCUUGAAAUUCGCUGAAACAAUUAGAAUGGCAGUUACACGUGCCACGACCAAUUUGGCUAUUGUUGCAUCACCGGACGUUUCUUUUUUCAGCUCUCCACUCGCAGAAAAUGAGAUAUUUACUUCAUUAAGUGUUUUAAAAAUCGAGAAAUUUCAAGUGCCACAAAACAAGAUUUCGGAUUACAUCACGUCUUUGUUGAAAAUCGGUUGCGAAAACAAGCGUAUCGCAGUUGUUAUUGGAAAUUAUCCGAAAACAGAUGAUUUCAAAGAAACCAAAUUGACGGUAGAUGAAAUAAAUUACAAUUGCGCGAAAGAUUUGAAAAAGUACACGUUCAACGGAGAUGCAAAUACCGUCGUCUGUUUUUCAAGUCUAGCAAAGUGUUGUUCAGAAGCGGCGAUAGAGUGGUACCACCAACAAGAUAUUUCUUCUAUCCUAGUUGUUAUUAGAAAUACCACCGACAAACUGGCAUUUGCUUUAUUUCAACCAUUAUUGUAUGGACGUGGUCGGAUAAACUCUCCGCGUGUUAUACAACUACAUUGCAGUACUGUCUCAUUGCUUGACAUUAGCGAGUUCCCCGAAGGCCUGAAAGAGCAACAUGAAACGUGUUGCAUCAUACGACAUCGUACUGUACAUCCAUCAAUGUCACAGUUAAACAUAUCGAACAAGGAACCAGAUGAGUGUAUGGAUUAUAAUACCAGUAGCAGGGAGGAAAUAAGAGAAUUGGUAUCAGCAUUUGAGAGCCACAGAAGCAAUCAGCUUUAUGCCAAUAUCAAUGUGGAUCUUUUUCAUUUUUACUCAGAAGCUUACGAAGUAGUUUUUCGAGAGUAUUGUCAGCAUGUGACAUCGGAACAAUCUAAUUCAGUUACAAGUCGUGAACAAGCGAUGGUUUGUAGAAAAGAUGCUUCUGAACUUCUUCUAAAAUGUUCUCAGUCACUGGUCAAAAGGUCUGCUCUUUUCACGACGAAAGAUGACAAUCGCUUUCAAAUCCUAUAUUGCUAUAUUCUAUCUUCGCAAUACGCAAAAUAUUCAGUUUGGUUUAAUCCGAAACAUGUUAUGGCUUGUGAAACAGUCAUCGAAAUCUGUACGGCUGCAAUUGAGAAACUGGAUGUCGCAAACAUUAGCUCCGACAGCCAUGGCACGAGUUCGACGAGUAACCGCAACAACGAUAUGAAUAAAUUGAUUCUUGAAGAUCGUAACGACGUUAGAAGAGCUUUCCUGUUUUGGUCAAAAACUAAAUAUUAUCAGAAAAUCGACGUGCUUCGGAAAAUUGAGCUGGAUCUCGAAACACAGUUUUACCAAACUAACUGCCCUGGAGUAGCAAAUAUAGAAGUGACAACUGAAAUGUCCAACGGGGUUGCAACAAUCGGCCGAUUAAAAGCUGAAAUAGUUAAUCUUCUGGAGGAUUACAGCAACAAGAUUCAUAUCGAGUCAAUAUCUGAUUUGAUAUCCAAGCGAACAGAGAUAGCCCACAAAUGUGCUGAAGCGGCGCGUUAUUGUAUAGAACAGUCAGCUGCAAUUCGAUCCAAGUUCUUUCAUUUUGAAGCGGCAAAUUUUGCAAGCAACGGUAGGUUUAUGGAUCCCUACAAUUUUGAUUGUCAAGAUAUUCUAAUCGAAGUGUUUAAGAUCGAAAAGGACAACGUUGAGCGGUAUUAUAACACUGAAGAAGAAAUAGUUCUAAUGCAACUAGUUAAGAGAGAUAUUGACGGGGGUUGGGCAAAAAAUCUGGUUUAUCAGUAACGUAACAGACAAAACUUCAUUCGACAAAACCCUUCUUUCACCAAUUGCGAACUUCAAAUUUUCUGUUAUUGCUUUUCUUUCCAAGAAAUUGUUGCGCAUAUUUAGUUUAAA